AUGAGGUUUGGCUACAAAAAAGAAGGCUUUAGUUCACUGAAGGCAGUCUUUGGUGGAUCCUGUCCUGAGAAUGUCUACGCUCAGCAGUUCAACUGCAAGGGUCUGGGCUCUGCUUGCUUGAACCAGGAGAAGAUGUUCAGGAUGCACCAGAGCCAUGAGGCCAUGCACGUGGAGAUGAUCUUCUCUGCCCAGAUCGCCAUCCAGGUGGUGCUGGUGCAGUGGCGCAGGCACAGCCGUUCCCACAAUCUGGCAAUCUUGCUGCAGAAGUUGGUUGUCCCUUUGUACUUCACAAUAAAACUCUUCUGGUGGCAGUUUCUAUCUAUGUGGGGAAUGUUCUCCGUUCUUACGAGUUACAUCCUCUUCAGAGCUACCCAGAAACCACUUUCAGGGUGAACAUCAAGAUAUGUAUUCCAACCACUCCUUCCUCGUGGUGGCUUUUAUUAUGCAUUUGGUGUAGUGGGUUAUUUUGUCAUCAUGUUUACAAUGUGUCUACACAAUAUUUUCCAUAGACUCAAAUCUAAGGAUUCCAUGGAUUUGGGGAUUGGAUCCUUGUUCUAUGGCCUUUACUAUGGAAUAAUGGGGAGAGACUUUGCUGAGAUCUGCUCAGACCAAAUGGCAUCUACUCUAGGGGUCUAUAGUAUCAGUGGGAUUGCUGCCAGGAAGCUGUCAGGUGACAUCUGUGCUAUUUGUGGGCAGAAGAUCUUUGUGGCACUUGACGAAGAAGAGUGCAUUGAAAACACUUACCAGUUGCCAUGUAGCCACAUCUUUCAUGGAUUCUGCAUCCGAGGCUCAUGUAUCAUCAGGAAGAAGCAGACUUGCCCGAUCUGA